AUGUCGUGGCAGGACCAGAUGCAGGACGAAUCGCUCGUCUCUGCGACCGGCGGAGAUGAGUUCUCCAACUUCCUCGAGUUUGGCAUCAAUUUCCCCGACCUCGACGGCCAUGCUUCCGCUCAGCCGGAGCGCUCCCUCCACGGAUCCAACCAUGCCAUUACGACCACGAUGCCCGACGACGGCAUGAACCGCAUGGAGACAGACGCGCAGGGUCAAUCUUCACAGUACAAUCACAUGAUGGGCGAUCUGCCCAUGGACCUGUCCCAGCAGGGCCAGGGCCAGGUCUCCCAGCCGUACAACGGCAUGAAUGUCGAUAACGACUUCUUCCAGGAGCAACACCAGCUACGUCGCCAAUCGUCGCACCAGCAUCCUCAGCACCAUGGCUAUGCUCCCGGUCAGCCAAUGGUUCCUCCGACCCCCAACAGUAUCGAGCUCCAUGGCGGUGCCGUCAGGUAUCCCCAGCGGGUGGAAGAGAAUGCGGAGAUGUAUGGUCGCUACGGUCGUGUCAACGAUGAACAGGCUUUCUAUACCCCCCUGAUCUCGCCAGCUAUGACCCCGCUCGAGACUCAAUUUCGGUUGCCCGAGUAUACCAUCCCAGGCGAGUACUUCACCCCGCUGACCUCGCCCGCUCUCGAGGCGCGAGGCUCCAGUUCUGGGUACCCGUUCCAGACGACCCAGGCCUCGGACAUGGGAUACCUACACUCCCCCGUCGACGCCAAUGGGGUGCCUGUCUCAACCCCCGCAUCCCCUGGAUUGCAGAGGAAGCAACGACGCCGUCCCUCGGCUACUACGCGAGUGACCGGUCGCGCAGGCAAGCAGUCUCCCGUCGUACGCGCGCAGACGCGGAGAAAGCAGGCUCUUAGCAGUCAACUGCAAUCGGAGGAAAUCUCCAAUGCGCUCAACCAAGACGCCCGUGCGCCCAUCAAUGGAGGCAGUAAUCUGCGUUUUGGAAGCACCGAAAGCUCUCAGGACUCUGUGUCCCCCGAGCCUCUCUCGGAGCCGUUGAUGCCUCCUCCGGCGCUCCCUCAAAAUCGCAAGUCGCCUGUAAUCGAGCCGCAGACAUCGGGUCCGAAGAGCGGUGCAGUUGUCACGCCGGCCACGCUCAUGCGUAUUCACAAAGCUCAGCAUACCCAGGAUCCAACCGGCCGGUUUACGGGCCAGGCGAGCUUGGUCCCCAGCGGCGGUCAGCAGGAUGAUAUUAUGGAAGAUGUCCAGCUUCCUGAUGCUGCCGCAGAUAACAGGCCAAGUCUGACUCGCAUUCAGACUGCUAUGCGUAGCGGUGAACACACUCCCACGACGUCUGCCAAGAAGACCCCGUCGUUAGAGCCCCGGUCGGUCGUGGACAGAGCUUCUUCUGUCUCUGUCGCCCCGAGCCCGCGGACCGGUCCGAUGCCAUCUCCCAGUGGACCAGUGGGGAGAAAGCCGGACCCCAAGGCUGGCAUCAGAAAACGCCAGAGUGUCAGCUCGCAGAUCAGUCCGGCAUUGCGGCCGAGGAUCAGUCCCAGUAUCCAGCCACUGGUCCGUGGUGAUGGUGGAGUAUCCACAGAGACAUCUGCACUAUAUUUAGCGUCCAAGUCUAAUUAUCAGCAUAUCCUGGAUGGCACUCUUCUUCCAGGAGUGUCUUAUCCAGAGACGCUAGCCGAAAAUCUCAGUUCCAAGCGUACCAAUCACAAGCUCGCAGAACAGGGCCGACGAAAUAGAAUCAACACUGCCCUGAAAGAGAUCGAGGCCUUGCUCCCUCCCGGAUUCGCGCAAGCGAGGGCUAAAGACAGUCCUAGCGGUGGUCCGAAGAAUACAGAAAAGGAGAAGGGUGGCAACCAGACGAUCAGCAAGGCCAGCACGGUUGAAAUGGCCAUUGACUACAUCAAAGCACUGAAGCAGGAGCUGGAAGACACGCAGCAGAAGCUGAAGGUAGCUGAAUCAAAGCUCCGUGGCACACCUGCCGAAUCAGAGCCAGAAGCUGCCGCAUCUGCUGCUGUCCCUGAGACGAAGACAGAGACACCGAGAAAUAGUGAGACGCCAGCUCCGUCUUCUGAAAGCUCUGCAGAACCAGCCAAAGUCGAACAAAAAUAG